AUGGAUCAAAAAAUCAAAACAAGGAAAGAGCAAGAAAAAGAAGAUGGACAAGUUCCUAAAGCAGUACUGACAUUAAUGUGUGAUGAGAAGUUGGCCUUGGCAGAGUUAUAUGAAGAUGAAGCUAAAAGGCAGUCAUUGUGUCCUGAAAAAACAACAGCUACAAAGCUUAGUAACACAAAAGCAUCACAGAGUCUUAAAAUUGAUUCUCUUAGAAGGUUGAGAAAACCAGAGAGAAGCAUGAGCGAUGACAAGGAAAACCAAAGAUUUUAUUCAGGUGACUCAGAAUUUAGAGGAUUACAGAUUUCUGGGGCUUCUAAUAAUCCAAGUAAAAUUGUCGCUGAACUCUUCAAAGAAGCAAAAGAACAUGGGGCUGUCCCGUUAAAUGAAGCCUCAAGAGCAUCUGGUGAUUUCAGUAAACCUAAGUCAUUUUCCGGUGGUGGAUAUAGAUUGGGUGACUCAUCACAAAAGCACUCUGAAUAUAUAUAUGGAGAAAAUCAAGAUGUUCAAAUUUUGCUGAAACUGUGGAGGAAUGGCUUCAGUUUAGAUGAUGGCGAGUUGAGAUCCUAUUCAGAUCCAACAAAUGCUCAGUUUCUUGAGUCUGUUAAAAGAGGGGAAAUUCCUGUGGAACUGCAACGACUUGUUCAUGGUGGCCAGGUUAAUUUGGAUAUGGAAGACCACCAAGAACAGGAAUAUGUGAAGCCUAGACUGCGAUUCAAAGCUUUCAGUGGAGAAGGGCAAAAACUUGGAAGCCUUACACCUGAAAUAGUCAGCACACCUUCUUCCCCAGAGGAGGAGGAGAAGUCCAUUCUUAACGCGCCUGUUCUGAUUGAUGAUUCCAUGCCAGCAACUAAAAUUCAAAUUAGAUUAGCAGAUGGAAGCCGAUUAAUACAACGAUUUAAUCAAACACACAGGAUUAAGGAUAUUCGAGAUUUCAUUAUCCAGUCCCGUCCAGAAUUUGCAACUUCUGAUUUUGUUCUCGUGACUACCUUUCCAAAUAAAGAGCUGACAGAUGAAAGCCUGACACUGCGAGAAGCAGAUAUACUUAACACUGUGAUUCUUCAGCAAUUAAAGUAACCUUGCAGUUGUUGGUACAAGGUAGGGAGCGAACUGUAUUGUCAUACAAGAGGUUGCCGACAGAUGAAAAAAGAAAAGCUCUGUGUCUUUUUAUGUCACCACUUCCAUGGAUCAGAUUUUUGGGUUUCAUGUCU